AUGUUACUGAAGGUCAAGACACUAACGGGCAAGGAGAUCCAGAUCGACGUGGCGCCCGAGGACAAGGUCUACCGCAUCAAAGAGCUGCUGGAGGAGCAGGAGGGCAUCCCGCCCUCCCAGCAGCGCCUGAUUUUCCAAGGUAAACAGAUCGACGACGAUCAGACGGUGAUGUCCGCGCGGCUGGCGCACGGCAUGCAGCUGCAUCUGGUCCUGACACUGCGCGGGGGUUAG